CUCGCUCGCGCGCUCGCUCGCUUCCUUCACACUCUUCCCGGAUGUGUUUUUCCUUCUUUUAAUAUUCACAGAUUAAACAUUGAAAAAUUUAAACAAAAAAAACAAAAAAACAGAAAAAGUAGACUCAUAUGUAAUUUGUGGGAGGACUCGAGCGCGAGAGAGGAGUGAGAUUCACUAUGCAAGAAUGGCUCAGCAGAGGCAGUCAGGGCUGGAGCGGUUGGGAUUACGCGGCCACGAUCCCCACCAUUCCAACGGCGGAGGACCACCAGAUCACCUCGCCAUAGGGAUCCGCUCCGCUCCCCACAAGCCCCUUCGGACCCGCCGAUCGGGUCGAUCCGACAAGGGCCCACUAAGAAUCUCCAUUGGCGCCGUCCUCCUCCUCCUCCUCUUCCUAGUCCUCGUUACUCUCUUCGCCUACUAUUACCUCUCCCGCAGCAAUAGAGAAAUAAAUAGUUCUCAUGCUGAGGAAGACGACUUAAAGAAUGAUUCUGACUUUCUUACAAAUGUGACACGGACAGAGACUUCUAAAGUCCUUAGGUUUGGGAGGGGUUCUGUAGUUCAUGGCCGAGAUUCUAGGUAUUGGGAUAAAGAUGAUAGGAGAAGGGAUGAAGAUUACAACGGGGAUGAGGUGGAGCAUAGUAGUGCAGGUGUUAGGGAUGAAUCCACAUAUGAGGAUGAUGUUCCUGUGAGUGUUAAAAGCAGCAAAAAGAAGUCCUCAAAUGACAACUUAACUAAACGUUCCAAUAGGAAAGGGGGAUUGUACAACGAAGCUGGGCGCAAUGAGUUGAAAGUUUAUGAAGCAGAGUAUGAGGCCUCUCUAAAGAAUAGUCAACAGUAUAGGGAUGAAGAUUUGGAUAAGCAAAAGGAUGUAAUUCAUGUUGAUGACGAGUAUGAUGACGGGAUUGAUUUUUAUGAUGAUACAAGACAUCAGAAUGAUGACCAUUUUGGUGAAGAAAAAUCACAUGAUGAAGAUGGUAGAGAGUCCCUUGAUGUUCCUGAUAUCGAAAUUCAUGAUCAUAACGUUGCUGAGAAGGUUGAUAAAGUCUUCGCCAGUCCAUUUGAAAAUGACUCUGCUCAGCACACUCGAAACCUGGAUGAAGUUAACAGAAAUUCCAGGCAUGUCAGUGUAAUUUCAGGUCAAUCUUCAAGAAAGUCACGGUCCACUACAAAAAGGAAAACUAAGCGCCGCAAAUCUUCUGGUUCCUAUUGUGAGAUGAAGUUUUUAAACUCUACUGCACAUCUUAUAGAGCCUUUAGAAAGUUCAAAGUUUGCAAGAUUCAGCUUGCAGUAUACUGAAGUAGAGGACAAGCCUGAAGCAGAUGAGCAAUGGGAGCCGAGAUUUGCGGGGCAUCAGUCUUUGCAAGAACGGGAAAAUUCCUUUUUGGCACAUGAUCAAAACAUAAAGUGUGGCUUUGUUAAAGGUCCUAAAGGAUCCCCAAGCACUGGAUUUGACUUGGCAGAAGAUGACACAAAUUACAUCACUAGAUGCCACAUCGCUGUUAUCUCUUGUAUCUUUGGAAAUUCAGAUCACUUGAGGAUACCUUAUGGUAAAACGGUCUCUCGUUUGUCAAGGAAGAAUGUGUGCUUUGUUAUGUUUAUUGAUGAAGUUACUUUGCAAACCCUGAUUGCUGAAGGGAAAACACCAGAUAGGAUGGGUUUUAUUGGUUUAUGGAGGAUUGUGGUGGUGAAGAACCUACCGUACACUGAUAUGCGGCGAGUGGGGAAAAUACCCAAACUUUUGCCUCAUCGGCUUUUUCCUUCUGCGAGGUAUUCAAUCUGGUUGGACAGUAAAUUGCGCCUCCAACUUGACCCCUUACUCAUAUUGGAAUACUUUUUGUGGCGAAAAGGUUAUGAGUAUGCAAUUUCCAAUCACUACGACCGACACUGUGUAUGGGAAGAAGUUGCACAGAAUAAGAGAUUGAAUAAGUAUAACCAUACCGUCAUCGAUCAACAAUUUGCCUACUACCAAGCUGAUGGCCUAACAAAAUUUAAUGCCUUGGAUCCCAAAAGGCUUCUUCCCAGCAAUGUACCAGAAGGGUCUUUUAUCAUCCGGGCACACACUCCGAUGUCAAACUUGUUUUCCUGUCUAUGGUUCAAUGAGGUUGAGCGGUUUACCCCUCGUGAUCAGCUAAGUUUUGCAUAUACAUACCAGAAGUUAAGAAGGAUGAAUCCGGAAAAACCUCUCCAUCUUAAUAUGUUCAAGGAUUGCGAGAGGAGAGCCAUAGCUAAGUUGUUUCGCCACAGGUCAUAACAGAAGCAGAGUAUUCGGAAAAAAGCAACGGAGUAGAACUUCCUUGGCUUUUCUGAAACCUGCUUUAUACGAUUGGUGUUUGGCCGCACACCGACUGACUACAUGGUACACGGAAUUUUUGCACUAUUAAUAUGAGAAGACUAUAACGAUGAUGAACUUUUCUUUUUUCCAGAGAGUUCUUGUGGGGGUGAAGUUAGCACUUCUGCGGUCGCUUUUACCGCUGAGCGAGCUCUUUAGAAAAGAUACGUAACGCUUCUUGGUUGUUAUUCCUCCCAUUUUUUCAUUCGUUGCUCCACAUCUGGAUUCGGAGGCAAGUAGCAAUACGCUUAUGGCAACUGACACUGUAUCCAAAUCAUAGGUCCAUUCAUGUAUUUUACACCAAAUGGAUGUUUUGCUGUUAUAUUGUUUCUGUAAUUGCUUAUUCAAAAGCAUGUACUAUAUGCAUAUGUAUAUUCUUUUAGGCAAAUACAAUUUGACCGAUCAUUCAUUUCCCUGAA